AGAGAGACGAGGGAUCCGAAGGAGGUUGUGGGCGGACAGCAGGCGAAGGAGAGCGGCGUGGGAUAGAGAGAGAUAUACGAGCGGGAGAGGUCGAGCGCGCGUGAGCGAGAGAGGGCGAGAGCGAGAGCGGGCUGCAAGGGUUGUGAAUACGAGAAAGGUUAGUGAGAGCGCGCUCCAAUGCCCUAUUUCUUCUUUCCCUUCCUCACUCCGACCUUAGGUCGAGCACCUAAGAGGCCAAAGCAAAAAAGAAAAAGAAACGAAAACACAGAUUCGUGCGUUUCGCGGACAAUCUUUCUAUGAAAUUGACGGGUUUUUUCCUGCUUGUUAGGUUUUUGUUGUGUGUGUGAGAAAGAGGUGUGUGCUCAUGUGCAGGGACUCCAUUUUUGAGAGAGGGCGAGAGGGAGAGGAGAGAGGAGAGCGAGGGAGAGGGAGAGGGGGAGUGUCUGUUUUUGUAAGAGAAAGUGAGAGUAUUGCUUUCUGUAUUACUCUAAUUCUCUUUACGGAUUAUCACGGUCUUGUUAAUAAUGGCAACAAAGCUCGUGGUUCUUGGAAUCCCGUGGGAUGUGGAUACCGAUGGGUUGAAGCAGUAUAUGAGCAAGUUUGGGGAGUUGGAAGAUGUUAUUGUCAUGAAGGAGCGAUCGACUGGGCGAUCUCGUGGUUUUGGCUACGUAACAUUUUCAUCAGCUGAGGAUGCAAAGAAUGCACUUGAAGCUGAGCAUGUUCUAGGCAACAGAAUGCUGGAAGUGAAAGUGGCAACGCCAAAGGAAGAGAUGAGGGCACCCUCAAAGAAAAUUACCCGGAUCUUUGUUGCAAGAAUUCCACAUUCUGUCACAGAAGAAACAUUCCGAAGUUACUUUGAGACGUACGGUGAGAUUACAGAUCUGUACAUGCCAAAGGAUCAAGGCUCAAAAGGACAUCGUGGAAUUGGCUUUAUCACUUUUGAAAGUGCAGAUUCUGUGGACACCUUGAUGACCGAUACUCAUGAAUUGGGAGGUUCUACACUAGUUGUUGACCGAGCCACCCCAAAGGAUGAUGAUUUUAGACAUCUAAGCAGAGCAAAUCAAGGUGGUGGUGGCGGUGGCAGUGGCGGUGGCAGUGGUGGUGGAUAUGGUGCGUACAAUGCUUAUAUUACAGCAGCAACUAGGUAUGCGGCAAUAGGUGCUCCGACACUGUAUGACCAUCCAAGCUCGGGUUAUGGAAGAGGGGUCUCUGAGCCAUCUCGUGGAAUGGGCAAAAAAAUAUUUGUAGGCAGGCUUCCACAAGAGGCCACUGCUGAAGAUUUACGCCAGUACUUCGGUAGAUUUGGCCGUAUCUUAGAUGUGUAUGUUCCUAAGGAUCCAAAGAGAACUGGCCACAGGGGGUUUGGCUUUGUAACUUUUGCUGAGGAUGGUGUGGCAGACCGCGUUUCACGCAGAUCCCAUGAGAUUUGCGGACAGCAGGUUGCCAUAGACUCAGCUACACCGCUUGAUGAUGCUGGUGCAAGCACAAGUUACAUGAUGGAUCCUGCUGAAUCAUUUGGUGGAUAUGGUCCCAUGCGUACAUAUGGCAGGCUCUAUGGGAGCCUUGAUUUUGAUGAUUGGGGAGGGUAUGCCAGCAGUGGAAGUGGCGGCAGGUCUUCAAGAAUGGAUUGGAGGUAUAGGCCAUACUGAAGAGUUUGACUGCAUCUGCUUUGCUCUCUCUCUCUCUCUCUCUCAGAAACUUAACAAAACUAACUGAAUGGUGGAUGGUUUAUUGAAAUUAUAUUCCUAGUAGAACCCUAGCUUUGUUUGGAAGACUUAUUGAGUUCAAUUAGUAUUUUGGUUGGCAUUUAAUCUGCGCUAGGGAUAUUGUUUAACGGUUCACUACAAACCAAAAAAUGCUGCUUACAAGAGAAGGAAACAAAUUGCCUCCAUUCACUCUUCUAUAGAAGCAGCCGUGUUACGAAUUGAAAUGAUUGAGACCGUAUUGUUUCGAAUCUGCAUAUACACUUUUGAGUUUUUA